ACACGUUGCUUCAAAACAUUGCUUCGUCGGUCUGAUGAGUGUAGCGAUAUGCGGCAACGAACUCAAACAUCAGUAAUUUCUUUAGUUUUUCUUUUUAUCUGCGUUAGAUGUUUUAAUCCUUUUGACGAGGGGCAAUAUGAUAUUAAUUGGGGUGGACCGGUAUCAUUGCGAGAAGGACAAGUCACAACGGUGAGUUGGCAUGAUAAAUGCUCACUACUGUAAAUCGCUUGUUCUGUAUAACAAUUGAGCAACUGUUUUGUAAUAUUUGCCACAAAAUCUGCUACCUUUUGUCAAGAUCAUGAAAUAAAUUCCUGUAAGCAACAGUUCCGGCCUAGUACAUCGAACAGUUAGAAAUAUUUACCGAAAGAGCCUAAGUUUUAGAAUAUCAGAUGGAAACGGUGUUCUGUAUAUUUUUUAAGCUUUGGAUCUGAGCUUAAAUAAUAUCCUACCGGCACAGAAACGUUAUGAAUGGAAUCUUUUAUCAUUUUGUAAAUCCUAGGAGAUAGUCUUUGGCAUCAAAUUGCUUCAAAUAAUUAGAUGGAAGCGAAGAACUGCCAAAAGUCAGGAAGAAUCUUCCAAACGACGCAUUCAAAAUUGUCCCAAAUAUUCUUAUUCUUAGCUUGAAAUACACAGAUUGGAAAAUGUUGUCAUGUCCCAUUGUGUAUUUGUUUGUAGCAGAAGAUAUUCUUUGAUACAUUGAUUAUCAAAUUUAUAUACAAGUAUUUAAUCUAUCUACAAUUCACAAAAUCAACAGUAAAAUUGAAUAGAAAUUUUCUGAUAUCAACCAGUGUCAAUUGGAUUUAAACUAAAAUCUAUAGUAUGGUUGAACAAAUACAUGCAUUGAAAUGUUUUAAUGGGGUUUGCCAUUCAUCACAUCAGUAGGAAGAAAUUUAACGUUGUCUCUGUGUCUGUAAGAUACCAUGCACCAGGACUGUAGGUAGGAAAUGGGCCUGCUGGCUGAAAUUUCAAAUGAGGCAGCUUAAAGAAGGAACUUUGCGGCUUCUAUUAUUAUGCUUUACCGAGCAAUCACUGGAAAAAAUCAAGCUGGAGAUUGCUGCUUUUUCGUUCAGUCAAUUUAGAUGGCAGCCAUGGCUUAGCAACAAUCUUGCUUAUACACUCAUGAAAUGAGCCAGUUUAUCAAUAUUUCUUUCCAUGUGCCAGUUUAAACAUUCUCAUACUCCCCAAGCUCAUAUUCUGAGCUAAAUGGCAGCCAAGGCAUAGCAACAAUCUUGCCUGGAUACUUAUGAAAUGAGCCAGUUUUUCUUGUACUGAACAUUGCUUUGCCUUCCACGCCUCAUGCAUUGGGCAUGCACAACAUUACUGUGGAUCAAAAACAUCAUCACAGGUACACAGGAAAAUUUUGCAUGCAUGAAUCAGGUGAAAGAAAUUUUUCAAACUGGUCGAGCAAUCCUUUUACCUGUGUAAUUUUCCACAAUUUAUUACUGACACAGGGAUAAGAGGUACCACAGGCAGUCUAUUUGACUGGUUAUUGUCGUUAAAGGAGAGUUCUAACAUAUUACUUUUUGCUAAGUGAUUAUAAUGACUUACCUAUAGAUAGUUAAAUGAGGUCUCACCUAAACUGCCAUUUUACACAAGCAGUGGGCUGCAGGUAUUCUUUAUGAGAGGGUUGAUUUAAUGAAAUAGUCAUGUUCCUUCCACUCUUAGCUUUUGACCCUCUUGAAACUAGUCACAAAAAGAAAUGUUCAGAUUAAAGGUUCAGCUAAAUUCAAGAUAGUUAAGAAUGUGGUUUUGUUAAGCAAUGGCUAAACUUUAUUUAAAUAGCUGGCUCAUAAUUGUUUGAAUGAAUGAAAAAUUAAUUGAAGGAAUAUCUCAUUGCCUUCAGAAUGGUGAGGAUUUCCUAAGCAGUAGAGAGUCAGUGGUAAUGAUAACAAAGGAUAAUGAAAAAUACAGAUGUAUACUACCUAAAGAUGAAACACUUAAUGAGGUAAGUUGAUUUAACAUUGGACUACCUGUUGCUAAUUUCUGAACCACACGAUGUGAUUAUACUGAAGAGAAUUUGGUUUUAUCAACUGGGUUGAUAAUGUAAAUUGACCUUGGUAAAAGGGUUUCUAAAAUGAUUUUUUAAGAGUCAUUUUCUUUGACAUAGAGCUAAAUAAUGGUUAUUAACCUUUUACACCCUAACAUCAAUAUACUUAUUCUCCAUACUGUUCUUUAUACAUUUCCUAAGGUGUUGACAAGGAGAAUUUGUUUACCAAUCAAAUGCUUCUCUUGUUGGUGAUCGUUUCCUUUAUUCUCAUGACCCAAUGUGUGAUUCAAGGAUGAGACUGUAAGGAGAAAUUUCAUGCUGAUCACUCUUAGGGGUCACGGGGUUAAAUUAUUCAAAGAGUGAGCUUUUCUGUAGGAGAUUCAGCCAAACUAUAUGUUGACUUUUUAAUUUGCAUUAUUUGUAGAAAAAAUAUUUGUACAAUGAACCAGAUCCAGAGAUACUUUUAGAGUCUCUUUUAAGGAGAGGAGAGUGCUCAUACAGGGUGAGUUCUGCCCUCUAGCUGUUACACAUUACCUUGUCAAUUAGUACAUAGAAUUUGUUCAUAGAUCAUGAUAACAACUUCUACCUGUCAGGUAAAUAAGUUAUAAGUUUGAGUAAUUUCUCAUGUACAAUGGUGUACAUCAGUCAUAAGAGUUACAGGGUUAAAUUUGUGACUAAAAUUUUACUGCUGGCAAUCAUUUCCUGCCACCAAGGUUCCAAAAGGAAAUAAAGAUUUUUUUUUUAAUUCAGGCUCUACUUCUAAUGAUAUUUGUUUUGAUUUGUUUUUGUUUUGUUUUUUUUUUGCUUUUGCCUUGUAGUUAGAUUCAUAUUGGACAUAUGAACUCUGUCAUGGAAGACAUGUCAAACAGUUCCAUGAGCUUAAAGCUGGUGUACAGGUUUGUAAAAUCUUUCUUUCUCAUAGAAAAUUUUUGAACAUUUUCUUAGUUUAAGUAGACAUUCUCUAUGAUUAUUUUUGAAAGAGAAGUAUGCUUUUGAUUAGUUUUCAUUUCUGCCAUUGAAUACCAUAAUGAAAUUAUGAUGGGCUUCAUUUUGAGAUUCAAAGGAGUAGCCUUAGCUGUUGAAAAUUUUUCUUCAAGUGCGCUAAAAAUUUUGACUACUGUUAUUUAUCAUUUUAAUUUUGCUCAGCUGUCUGACUCCUCAUUUAUGAAGCAACCAAGGCUUCCUUUUUUUCCAUCUCAUCCAAGCAAUCUGUUCUCAUAAAUAAGACCCACCCAAAUGGCAUUCUUGCUUCAAAUGAUGAAUUAUUUUUUUUCAAUGACCAGUGCUAAUGUCAUUCCUACUAUUUUUGAUGUAAGGCUCAUAAUGCCAGGUCACUAAGUUGAUUUCAUAAUGGACUCUUCCAAGUUUUAUUUCUGAAUGGUCAUGCUCAAAAUGCACCUUAACCUUCUAUACCUUAUCAUGAGUAUGCAUUUCUCCAUUCUGGUCUCUUUGCAUUUUCUCAGUUACUGACCAAGAUAAUAUGUUUAACAAUCAAGAGCCUCUUUAUUUGGUGAUCAUUUCCUUUAUUCUCCUGACCUUGAUGUUUGAUUAAGGGGUGAUAUUAGGAGGAGAAAUUAGAACUCUUAGGGGUCAAAGAGGACAAUCUCAUAGAAACCCAGCCAAGAGGAAGGCUGACUGUUAUUCUUUUUCCAUUUACCUGUCAUGUAUUGCAUGGUUUUCUUUGUACUGUAUGCAUGACCUAGAGCACUUUACUUUUUAGGAUUCAAAAGUGCAGGAAUAUUACUUAGGAAAACUUGAACCCAAGAUCCUAGACAAGAAGUCCUCAGGUACAAACAUGUGUGGAUGUAAUUAUUUUAUCCCAGUAAAUUGGCCAUGAGUGAGUCCCUAAGAUCCUCAUCUUAAAAUUCAAGCUAAAUGCAAACCUUUUCUUGUGAGUUUGGUUGAUUUAACCCUUAACUGACCACCAGAAGUGAUUAACAUGUUACUUCUCCCAACAUUAUCCAGCCAUUAUCUAGCAAACAGAUGACGAGAAUACUAAAACUUAUCAGACCUGUACAAGUUGCUAUCUUGAUCUAACACCAAAUUUUUGUAAAAUGAAGAGUGUCUCAGCAAGAGGGGAGAAUUAACUAUUACAUCUUGAGAGUUAAAUGGUUAAAAGCAAGGCUUUGGUAAACUUCAAUAUGGCAUAAUGUGGACUGCCUCAUUUUAUUUUGUUAUCUCAAAUUUGUUUGUUUGUGUUAGGGUAGGAACAAACAGGUGAGCCUGUUUUUUUUAAUCCUUCCUCCCCUCCCUCCCCUCCCUUUCCCACCCCAUCCUCCAAUGUAAACUAUGUUUUCCAUACAAACCUAUAGCUUGAUUUGGCAUUGUGGUGUUCGCCUGGCUCAGAACUGUCGCUUUUGUUCAAUUGUUUUGACUUACUCUGACUUCUGAAUAAAGGGGGUAAGUUUUUUAAAAAACUGUGGUGCUGCGUCGGUGGGAGAGUAUAGCAAGUAAUUUAGUGUUAAUAACUGAGUUGAAAAUGUAAAUGGGCCACCGCUAAGAGUGAAUAGGCUGACGUUUCGAGCUGACGAAGGGCUAACGCUCGAAACGUCAGUCUGACACUGACUUCUGUUCUUGAGUAUGAGUUUUGUGUUUAUAUGUUCAUCUGUUGGAUUGAAAAUAAUGUUGGAUGCUUGUCUUUCAGGUGAUCCCAAACCUUUAGAUUCGCCUCCUAUGGAAGCAGAAGAUCCUAGCAAGAUUGUAAGUUAGAAUUGUGCCAUACUAAAGGAACUAGUUGAGGUUUGCUUUCAUGCUCAAUUUUAAGUGUGGAUAACUAAAAUAAGUGCAUUGUCACAAUUUCUUAAUAAAAUCAGUUUCAUUUCACCUUUGAAUGAAAUUCGAGCGAAGAAAUACUCCUCUCAGGUGGACUGCAAUUUUAGAAGUUGCAGAAAAGAAGCCUGAAAAAAUCCAGGCUUCGACGGAAUUCGAACCCGUGCCUCCUCGAUAUUAGUUGAGCGCUACAACCAACCGAACUACGAAGUCACACGCUGGCAGAGUGGCAAAUCUCAGAGGGUUUGUCUUUCUCGUAAAGAAAUCUUAUCGCAAUUUCUCCAGGCUUCUCGAAUUUCUUAUCCAGCGGAUAAGUGUUAACAAAAUGUACUGCGCUUUCCAUCAGAAAGAAAUUUGUCCAGUGGAUAGUGUGAACCAACCUUCAAACAACUGGGGCCUGAUCUGCCACGUUCUGUGGAUCUCACUGUUUUACUUUAGUUAAUAAGGCUCUUUAGAUCAGAGAACUAUCUGAUGCCAAUGGCGAACUAUCUCGCUGGCGUCAACAAUGACCUCGUAAUGGACGAACUGAUCAUACUACUUGGUCACUGAUUGAUUUACUUUUUCAUCACUAUUGCCAGAUUCCAACUCGCAAGAUCAAUGGUCAAGUGUUUCCUUACUACAAAGUGAUCAUGGAUAAUGGCACCGCUUGUGAUCUGCUCGGCAAUAAACCCCGAACAACAAAUAUAAUUUACAUGUGUGCACCGAGGUCAAGCAACGAGGUAAGACAUUGAGGCAAAUUUGUCCAUACUACGCUAGAUGCAUUUGAAAACGACUUUUCUUUCUUUUUUUCCGGUAAACGCAAUUUAGUGUCUUAGGUUCUUGUUAUUAUUAUCAUUAAUUACGAUUAAUUUUACAGUUGAUGAAAAUGAAUUGCGAUUGUAAAUUGGAACCCAUGUUCCUGAAUGAGAACGAAGCAAAAUAGCAGAACGGGCCAAUGAUAGAUAAACACGAAAAGUGAUUGCCCGAAGCGCGGGAAAACGCGGGUGACCAAGUCGCGACAACUUGUAGUUUUAUUUACAUCUGAUUGGCUGAGAGGAUGACGCGAGUUGUCAAGGCUAAUCACAGACCAUGAUGACGUUUACUCGAAAACUGAUGUCAAAUGGUUUUCUUGGUUCAGCGUAGCUGUAAGCUGAAAAUAGCUUGGGUUAAGGACUGAAAAUGACCGUAAUUGUAGAACAAAGAAAAUAAAUAGAGGGAUAAAAUACCGAAGGAAGUAGAAAACAGAAAACUAUGGGUGCUCUGUUUCAGUUCCAAAGAUUUGUUUUUUUCCCCUAAACUUUAUUAACAAAUUAGGACUCUUUUUCAAAAGUUGUCACGUGGGCGAAUUAUCAUGUUGUAUUUAUCAACGCACACUUUUCUUUGGAACCGAUUACUGGGUGCUUGUUUAUCGUCCCGAUGGAUCUUCGUGGCUCUUUUUAUUAUUUUAUUUAUUGUUUAUCGCAGUUCGUGGCAUGUCAAUGUGCGCGUUGGAACCUUUUUUUCUUUUUCUAUCUUUUAUUUUUUUUGUAAAUUAACGGCUUAGUACCUUGUGAUCUUUGCCAUGGCUGCCUGUCCUCAACAAAACCAUAUGUGCUUAAAAAAGUUUUUUUUUUUUUAAUUUUGGUUAGUAUAGAAUAAAGGACAUCGGAACAUAUAUUAUAACUUUAAACGGUUACGCAAUUGCAUUUAGUUUUGCAACAAUUGUAGAAUCUCUGAGUAGACGAUGCUGUAUUUGGUUCAAUGUAGAUUUUGCAAUCGCCAUUUUCAGUAGUCUUUUCUUCACUAUCUGAUGUCACGGUCUCGUCUUCCUGAACUUCUGUUUGUGUUCGUUUCGAUUGUUCGUAUUCCUCAGCAGACAUUUCAGGUGUUGGCUUUGGUGUUGUUUUGUCAAAGGACGAUAAGUCCGUCUUCAUCGCGUCGUAGAGGGAAAUGUUGCAAAACUUCUGACCCCAAAGAAUUUCAUCCGCCAAGUAAGAAGUUUUAGCCUGGAUAACACUACCUGUUGAUUCCACUACACCUUCUAACACAACGAUGAAUUCCAUCCGGGAAUUCGCCAGCUGUUGAGGCCCAAUUUUGUACAGCGGACUUUGCUUGUCAAUGACAUGCACUACUGUCAGAGGUAUCAGCAGAAACGGCUUGAUGAGCUCGUCACUCUCCUGUUCAUGCUCGAUAGUGAUCGGAAUUUUUCUUUGAGACUUCAACACUUCGUGUCCAUUUUCGUCGGUCUUAAAGCGAAAGCAGUGGAGAGAGAUUGUCGCGUCUAUCAGUUGGCUCUUACGCGCGUCAGCAACCCGAAACAUUAAUGCCAACUGGUCGUUGUGUAGCUUCACGACUGCACACUCCGAGAACAGGACCAUUUUGCUCCUGGGAUUAGCGCGGGAGAGUUUUGCGAAAAAAAAGCCAAGGAGCGACGUAGUUAAGAGGAAGCCAGCGAGAGACUGGAGAAGAAGGCAGACCACGGCCUCAGGGCAUUGAGGGGUUAUCUGAAGUAAAACAAGAAAAGAAGAGAAAAGUUAAAAAAUAUAUAUUUAUUCGCGUAAGUUUUACUUGUUUGCGUAAUGUGUUUUUCACGACUUUGUCGAUUGCGAGACAACACUGCAUGGCUCAAUAUCUUGUUUCAGAUAUUAAGUAGGACGAAUUUUGUAAAGAGUGGAAAAAGUCCUUGAUUCUCAAUUUAAUUAAAAUGGCCGGAAAGUUUUAUUGUUUAAAUUUUAAAACUAUGUAGACCCUCAUCUUGAAUUAAAACAGGACAGCUCUACGGGCUCGCUAAGUUACCGAGACCUUCGAGAAAUGGUUCCCUGGCCGGGUCAAAUUGUUGUGUUGUUGGGCAAAACGUUUUACUAUCACGAUACCUCUCUCCACCAAGGAGUAUAAAUGGGUAUCGGAAUCGUGAUGAAAUGCUGGGGAGUUACUUUGUAAGCAUGCUUCAGGGGUGGGGGAAGGGAGCAGGGAUACUCCCAGUCACUUCAUGCUUCAGAAACUGGGUUAUACUCCGACUGGAUGUGUCGCUAGGCUCGAGUACAGACUGAUUGAGACUUGUAGACCUUUUUACAACAAGAGAAUUAUGCGGUGUGUUUGUAGUGGUUUUUCGACCAGUACCGGACGAAGAUGAGCAAAACAAAAACAAUCCUGAACCACUUUUGACACUGAAUCGGAUGAUACUUUUUAUCACUUACAGUCCGCUUUUUGUUUCAACAGGUUCAUCAGUACUUAAAAAGGACACUUAAGUUUUAAGUUCAUCCUCGGCAGAUCCUCGGAUUGGCGCAUGAAACGCUUAUUUAAAAUUCUCAUUUCAUUUGUCCAAAUCGUGGCAAGAUAUAAUAUUUGUUGUUGUUGUUGUCGUUUUUAUAUAUAUAUUUUUAAUUGUUUCUUCCUUUUCGGAUUGCAAAAUUUGCGCGUAAACAGCGACAUAAACUUUGUGUUCAUACACAACGCUUAUCGUAAGCACACGUGAUGGGCGGGGGAGGGGGGGUGCUGCUCCCCUCGGGCAUGUCUCGCCCCUCGUGUUCGCCUCGCGCCUGCUUCAAUUCGCAUGAAAAUGCAGGAAAGAGGAAGGGGAAGAACAAGAGCGCCAUACCUGUCGACCGCCAUAACCAAUAGUAGUCUGCGUUUCCACAGAGAGUAAGAAAGCAGAGGUCCAUGAAUCAACAUUGUCCACGCAAGUGACCCCACUAUCGAACCGAAAUCGGAGCCAAAAGAUCGCAAACCAAACUGUGCCGAAAAAUGCCCAGCUGAAGAUGAAAACAACCAAGUACAUCCCAAUCACCAAACACCAAUUAGCCUCGACGAAGGUCGUGAAAAAAUCACUCAUGGUGAGCUUUUUCUUCUGAGGUACUCUGGAGGGCUGCAGAGUCACUUUGCCACUUUUUUGCAUCAACCGAUUGGCCUUUGAUGGGAGAGUGUAACUCUUUGUUAGCGAGAAAUCUGAAAAGAUAGGGUAAAAAGUUAUGUAAAUUUUUUAGAAUUGUUUCUGGAAGAAAUGCUCGCCGAAGUUGGGCUGGGUCUGCAUGCCACUUAUCUCUCCAAAAUGCCUCGAACCUCUUGCUCUUCUUCAAGUUGCACAAUUGAAAGUAUUUCUAGUUGAACUCGUGAAAAGGAAAGAAAAGAAGAGAAAAGAAAGACCCAAUGAUAAGAAAAAUAAAACAAAGGAAAACGACUUUAUUUGCGUUUUUCCGAAUAAUUUUCUUUGAGACGUUUCCAGGAGGACUCGCUUUCAUGUACUCGAUCCAGGUCCACUGGCUAGCGUCCAAACACAUUAAAGGUUGACUUGCCAGACGUUUCACUUUAUUUCCAGCUAUUAACAACUCUCUCACUGAUUCAACUCACCUCCUCUCACACAUGCUACAUUACUAUGAGAGAAUUGUUUUUCUUACCUGGAUAACUGAGAUCACGACAAUCCAAUUUUCUUUUGGGUAUCGGUUUCAUACUGUACGCCAUAACUGCAGAAAAAUUAUACCGUAUUUAUAUUACCCCAAAACUGUCUUUAUAUUAUCGUUGUUUCAGAAAUUUUAAAAUCCUAGACUGUCAUCUAUUACAGUUUUGUUGACAGUAAAGCAGGCAAGGAAAGUUAAGGUUCUCUUCCGUCAAGGAAUUAACGUUAAACGUUUUCGUUAAACUUACUGAUGCUAUACAGCCAUUGAAGCAGUUAAAAGUGAAAGAGAACUUUAAGCGUGACAUUGUGGGUACAAUUCCAGCAUGAAGUCAAGAUGAAGUAGUGAGCUAAGAUCUUGGCCACAUCUGUACACUUCUACUGGCUAAACGUAUGUAGUUUUUCCUUUGAAGAGGUGCACUCUAUUGUACUCGAGUCGUGAGUUACAGUUUAUCAAUACGGUAAAACCGCCCUUUGCAAUAGAUUUCUAUAAAAGUCGGUUAUUAGCGGUCUACCGCCGUCUGUUUAGCCUGCGAGCUGCCUCUCUCGCUGGGGUUUCGCCUUAUGGCCACUAUUAUGGCACAGUCGCCUAUCAUACCUUCGGCAACCAUUGAACCCCUACCUUUGGGGAGACGUGCAAUCGAGUGCUUCAAGAAAACGUUACUCGCAAUCCGGCGAUCCUGACUUUGACUCCUUCGCUAUGCUCGUAAAGAACAAACUGGUGCUCCUCCUAACUGUUACUUUAAAGCCAAAUAUUUAUCAUUGAAAGUUUUGCUCAGCCUAACGAGCGUUUAUGUUAUGAAUGCUGCCGAUGUAAACGCCGGGAUUACUUACUUGAAUUUACCGUUCAGAAGUUCGACUUACCACGUUAAACGAGAAGAUGACCGAUUCACUUUGAUGACGAUCAGAGGAAAAGAAAUAUUUGCUUGUAGAUGUAGGACUGCUGCUGCUUUUAGGAGAGAGUAAAGUUGAAUAAUAGAGUCAUUUCAAGCAAGGUCGUACUUUAAAAGCGUUUGUGAUCCGAAAGUGGAAGAAAGUUAAACUCCGCUGUCAAGUAAUGUUGAAUACAGAAUUAGAUGGAAUCAACGUGGUCGGAAUUUUACGGUGAAUAACAGUGAAAUCCCGAUCUAGCGCCGGAUGUGACGACACACUUUAACAAAUACGUUUGUGCCUGAAGAAAGAAGUUCUAGUGUUGGAAGACCUGAGUAAUUUUUUUCUAUAUAUACACGAUUAAGCUGAGCCAAACAUGGAUUAAAUUUUUACUGAACCCUUUAACACCAAAUAAUGACUAGCAUCUAAUUUCUCCUUACAAUAUCACCCCUGAAUCAAAUAUAAAGGUCAUGAGAGUAAAGGAAAUUAUCAUUUACUAAAAAAAGCUGUUGAUUGUUAAACAAAUUCUCCUUGUCAUCGCCAAAGGAAACACUAGUUUGUCCGUGUUAAGUUUCAGCGUGUGCGUUUUUCUGACGUUCAAGUAAAUCCCACGUGUUUCUUUUUCGGGUUUAUUAUUCCCUCGUUCACGUUCAUGUCGAAACCGAAAAACUUAGUGGUGUAAUCUUUCGAAAUUCAGAAGCUUAGAACAAUGUCUUUUUUGUAAAGUCGAACAAAUAAACUGUGAACGCAAGUGGUUGAGGCGUUUGUUUAUAUUUUGUGUUGCAAAACAUAUUUUCGAAUAGUUAUAGCGCGCCUCUGAGAGCUGUCAACUUCUAUUCCCGUCAUCUGCGUUGUAACCUUCCCCUCAAGCUACUCUACAGCUCUUUGAGAAUGAAUAAUGUUAAUGUUAAAUUAAGAUAACACCCCAAAGCUGAUAAGUUUGUAUUUUCUAAUGAUCCGUUCGCAGGUUGUGUUAACAUUUUAAACACACGGUUUUUUCUAAAAUUCUCCUCCAAGAAUUGUAAGGCUGAAAAUAGAAAAAAAUUGCUUUAUCAACUGAGUUGGUAAUGUAAAUUGGCCGCUGUAAAGAGUUCAGCUCUAAAGCUGACGGUUCGAGCGUUCGUUCUUUCGAUUCGUUCUGACGAAGGGCCAACUCUCGAAACGUCAGCGUUUGAAACUCUUUACGGUGGCCAAUUUACGUUAUCAACUAAGUUAUAAAAACCAAUUAGGCCAUUUUACAGUUGGGCACUUAGUCGCGAAGCCUUUGAUUUGGAGUGAGGCUGAAGGUGACCUUGUUGUGAUAAAGGUCAGUAUCUAGUUAGCAUGAUAACAAAGUAAUUUACAUUUGAAAAGCAGCAAGGUUUGUAUCAUAACAAGGUCACCCUUAGCCUCACUCCUAUUCAAAGGCUUGGCAACCAAGCACACAACUGUAAAUGGGCUAUUGUCUUGUAACACACCCUCCCCUCCCCCCUAAUCGACGCAUCACCAUAGUUGUUUUUAGAAAUUUACCUCCCUUUAAAAAUAGAGUCCAACCUCUGGAGUCCUUAUGUGGAAGUUCUGCACCGCAACUUAACAAUACUAAAUCAUGUUCUUGUUUCGAUCAUCAGAUUAUUUCUGUCAAAGAGAUCCAUACCUGUCACUAUGAGGUUGAAGUGUUCACGCCACUUAUUUGUGCCAACCCAGCAUACAGGUUUGUUUCUACUUUAUCUUUCGAAUGAGACUUCGAUGGUCUGUAUCACGAAAGUCUGAAAUUGUUAGAGAACGGUCAUUAUUUAUCGCGCAAGGGGGUAGGGGAGGGGGAGGGGGAAAGGAUUUUGGUUGUAUCACGAUAACAUUUGCCCGACAAAGCUCUGUAAUAUUUUAAAAAAUUCCCACCCAUGAUUGGCAGUUAAUUUUCGGUUGUUCCUUCUUUGGCUUUGAAUAGCAAAAAAAUGAUAAAAAGAUGAAACAAGAUCAGUAAAAUUAUAAUUUGCGAAGUAAGAAAAACACAAGAGGUACAAGGUUACCAGAAUGAAACGGGAAUGGUUAACCCUAGGACCUUUAGAGUGGCUGGCGUCUAAUUUCUCCUUACAAUAUCACUCUUGAAUCAAGCUUAAAGGUGAUGGGAGUAAUAGAAAUGAUCACCUAUUUAGGAAGCUUUUAUUUUAUCACAAAUUCUCUUGUCAAUACCUCAGGAAUUGUAAAGAGAUUAGUGUGGAGAAUAUGAAGGCUUAUGUUAGGGUGUAAAGGGUUAAGAACCAAGAAGAAGAGCGCAGAUUGCAAAUUGGAUGCGUAAGUCAUUACACAGCUGCUUGUAGAUAUGUGCAAAAUAUUGCCGACUCGUUUUAUUGCGAUACAACUAUGGCACUGCUCCAUCAGUACUGUUUUAAGCAAGUGGAAAGUGAUGUUUGUCGUUGCUGUAUAUAAUUCUAAGUUCCUCUUUAUUUUUUUCAGUUAUCGUGAAAAGCCUGUGCAUCAUAUAAGUUGUCACUCGAUGGAGGGUUCACCAGAGUGAGUAACCGUUGUUCUUAACAUCUCUAAUCAGAAGAAUUUUCAAUUCGAUAUCUUAAAGCGAAAGAAAGAAAUCGCGGGGGUCCAUCAGAAAAAUCUCAAAUGGAGCAAUUUUUAUUUGAGUUUUGAAAGUUAUCCAUGUGUUCCUUAAGUUUUGCGUACUUCCGCUCUGUGAUUGGCCUAGAACACUCGCGCCACUCUCUAAGCCAAUAAGAUUUAAAAGUAAAUCUAAUUCGCGUUUUCCCGCCCUUCAGGCAGAUUGCUUUGAGUUCUUAGUGGCCACUUCUGAUAUUUUUCUUAACUCUGAGUGGCUGUUUUGAUAACUAUGAUUUUGGUAUUUGGAUACUGUAAUUAUAAACUAAUCAAGACUCGAAGUAGAAAAAACGGAAACUGCCGGAAGCAGAACGAAACGGGAGUCACGAAGUUGCGCUUAGACAUAGUUUUGUGCAUUUUCUUCCCGUUCAAACGGGGGUAAAUUUUCAACGCUGCAGAUUUUUAAGGUAGGGAAAAUACAUGAUGACACGGCAAAUAGCAAAUGAAAAAUUUAUGGCACUCAAUUUUCAGGCAAAUUUUGUGGAGCUAAUUCCUAUCGUGGCCAUCGAUUUUCAUUGUGACAUCAUUGAUUAGUAGUGUAACGUUUAUGGAAAGAAAGAUGAGUGUCCCUUCAAGUUCCUUCUCAAGAUUAGGCCAGCUCUGUGUUCGCUAAAGUUUUCAGGUCUAGGAAUGUUAUCAAUUACGGUUCUUUAAUUAUAUUUGUAGUGAGCCCAGAAGUUAUUCUGAAUUGAUGGAGGAGAAAUUUAGUGUUGAGGGAUUCUUGGUAAGAAAACUGAUUAUAAUUAGCCAGUCAUUAGUGUUCACCGAGUAUUGCCGCGUAUAGGUGUUUCAAAUGUUUUAAAAUAUUCGUAGUGAGAUUUGUUUGUUUAAUCCUCCUAUAACUUGUUAAAAGGUGUUUCCGUUUUUUUUAUGACCCAUUUAACAAGUGAAACAAAUAUUCGGCGGUUUUCCCUUUUGUGUCAAGGUCCAAAGUCUUUCACUGGCCUGUUUUACUCCUGAGAUCGCUGGCUCAACUACUAACAGAGAACUCCUGUCCAGAGAUGGAACACCUCUGGUUAGAGAUUCUCGGCCGAAACAAGUACAGCAAAGCGUUGGUGGGCGUGAUUUAUAAUUCUGAACGUAUUCUAAAUCCAUCUAGCUGGUUAGAUAGCCUCAAGAGUUUGCUUGGUCAUCUCAAAGUGUCAUGGGAUGGCAUGCUAAUCCUUACAGGCGAUAUCAAUAUCGACAUACUUAGUCCUCUCCACUACCUUACAAAAAGGUACCAGACCAUCCUUUAUGUCUUUGGAUUAACGCAAGUGGUGACGCAUCCAGCAAGAAUUACAAAGACAGCGGAAACUCUUAUAGAUCACCUUAUCAAAAACUACCCACAGAAGGUUACGGAUAGUAAGAGAUCACGACGCCAUCUACGCUUGCAUCAAGCGGUUUUAACACAAACGGGAUAUGAAAAACUUCAAAGAGGAGUCUCUUGUUGAGGAUUUCUCUACGCUCCCCAUGUUCAUCAUAUCAUAUUCGGACGAUCCAGACGAACAAUUAGAGACCCUCAACUCCCUGAUUCGAGAAUGCAUAGAGAGACACGCCCCGUUAAAAAGGAUACGUGUUACUAGGCCAUCAGCGCCUUGGACGAAAUGUUCCAACAUUAGAGACCUACAAAAGGAGAGAGACACAGCCAGAUAUGAGGCCCACAGUACCCCUUCUGUUACAAAGUGGGACUACUUUCGUUCAGUAAGGAACAAACUGAAAGCUGCUAUCCGAACUGCCCGUAAAACUUUUAUUGAGAAAGCGCUUUACUCAAACAAGUCAAGUGAAGUAUGGAAGGUCAUCCACAGAAUUCUUAAGCCUAGCCCAAAGCCUUUGUGUUUCAACCCUGAUGAGCUGAAUGGUCAUUUCACGUCUACAGCGCAAAGAACUCUUAACAUAAAUGCGACCUCCUACGUUUAGCUGACGGAACUGAUAGAAAAUCUCCUCGAUGAUUUGGAUGACCAUACUCGAUUCCACAUUUCUCCUGUUACUAGAGAAGAGGUAUUCAAAGCGAUUAAAACCUUAAGGUCCGAUUGUUCCACGGAAGCUGUUCAGAUUCCACCUACAUUCAUAAAGCUAGUGGCCUGACCACUUGGCGGGCCCCUUCACUAGGAUCAUUAACGGUUGCAUAACUGAAGCAUACUUCCCAAAGCUUUGGAAGAUCGCCAGAGUGUCGCUUAUAUCCAAAGUAGACAACCCAACGACCAAUAACGAACUAAGACCAAUCUCGAUAUUACCGGUGUUGUCUAAGGUGUGCGAAAGGUUGGUCGGCUGGUAGAUGUCGGAGCUCGCAAAUAGCGCCUCUCUUCUUCGUGAUAACAUUUCCAGUUUCCGUAAAGAGCACUCUACCACUACUGCCCUUCUUGGAGUAAGAGAUGACAUAAAGCGCUAUGAAAAGGAGAGAGGUCACCUUGAUGGUUCUCGCCGAUUUUUCUAAGGCUUUUGGUACGGAUACGGUUUGUUUCAAGACGACGCUAAAGAAAUUCUACAAACUCGGCUUCUCCAAAAACUAUUUAAAAUGGCUCCUUUUUGUUGCGCGGGGUUAACAUCCACAUCUGCUUUAGCAUAUUCAGUUUUCCGCUGCCAGCUUUGUCACGGGUCACUAUGUGAAGUCUGUGAAUACUCUAUUUAAAUUGGGCUGGUUUCCAAUGAGAGAGCGUAGGGACUGGUAUUUAAUUAAAGAAGCACACAAAGCCUUGUAUGAUGAACAUUGGCCCAGGAAUCUGAGGCUUGAAGCUGGCGGUAGAUGCUUACGUUCCAGCGAAACUAUUCACCUUAAAAUACCACUGGAGGCAGGCACAUUUCAAGACUGUGCCGCUAAGCCUUUUAACUCCCUCCCAGCUUCAGUGAAAUCCUGCCCAGACUUUAAUACCUUUUCAAAAGAAACUCAUAAAAUUUCAAAAGCCGCAGUAGAUAUUUCUUAGAGAUACGCAUGUAUAUAUUAUUAUAAGUAAUCCUGAUUUAUAGCUUUUUUAAUUUUAUUUUAUUGUUAUACCCAAUUUUAUGUUUGUAUAUUUCUUUGAGGAAUAUCUCGUAAUAAUCGUGUCGUGGCCAUUAUGAAUUUUUUUUCCUCAAGUAUUACAUUCACAUGGCGCUGGGUGAUAUGGCUUAACGACCUUAGCAGCUACACUGAAAUGACUUAAUUCUUUGGUUUUAUUUCCUUGAAAGCCUCCAGAAGACGAUGACAAGUCACCAGUGCCAGCAGAUGAACACAGAAAAAUUUUACCCCAGCCUGACAAUCUGCUGACUGCAUCAUUUCUAAGUGGAGAUUACUGUCUUGUUGGUGUGAGUACAAAGCAGACAUACCUGAGUGAGCUUUGCAGAUACGUACAGGAAGGCCAUCAUUAUUAGUGUUACAGGACGCGCUUUUCUCCGCCCGCAGGAAGAUCUGAGACUAGUCGGGUACUUUCCCAAUGGUGACGAGACGCUCGUGCUGAAGUGCUUAUAAUUAGGGCCGUCCCGUUUUCUACUCUUUACGAGAAGUGCGUGGAUUCUUUAACGUCCCCUGCUAACCAGUACCCAGAUGUAGGGGACGGGGCCUACGGCUUAUCGUCCUUACUCGCGAAGGCUAGAAAGUCUAACCUUUUUGCAAAUGUCAUAGCGAAGGCAGCAUAUUCCCAUCAGUUAUUGUAAGACCCUGAGUGUUAGUCCGGUGUGGGACGAAUUUUGGUCAUCUAUUCAUAGAAAAAGAUUACAGCGCAAUUUACCUGUGAACUGAGAAACAACAGCGAGUCAUUUAGAAGUCAAAUUGAACACACGUAACUUACUUUAAACUUGGGAAUAUGUGAGAGAUCAAGUCGCAACAAGUUUUGCACCUGAUUGCGGGAAGGGGCGGGUAGUUUACUCAGAGCCACUUGAAGCAAAUGCACUUCCAGGUUGCUUUAACCCCUCCACUAUUACGAGUGACUAGCAUCUAAUUUCACAACGUAAUAAAACAUAAAGGUCACGAGAAUAUAGGAAAUUACCACCCAUUCAUGAAGCUCUUCAUGGUUAAACAAAUUCUCCUUUUAAUACCGUGGGAACUGUACAGAGAAUAGUAUGGAGAAUGUGCAUACUGAUGCAUACUGAUGUUAGGGUGUUUUUCGCUUGGUGUUUCUUUUUAGGGAGGGUCUGGCUGGUGGAAAUAUGAGUUUUGUUACGGCAAACAAGUGACGCAGUUUCACCAAGAGGUAGGGAACGUUUUUGACACAAACUAAACGGAGAGAUAUUGCAGCAUUUUUAAAACAGUUCUUCUGCCUUUUUGGACAUUGGAGGUCGUGUGGUUAGGGUGUUAGGCCAGUAAUCUGAUGGCUCUAGGUUCAUUCCUUUUACCCUGCUACUUAUUUAUAAUUGCAUUUUGUUCUCUUUGCACCAAGUUCAACUCCUUGGCUUUAUGUAGCCUAAUGGUCUACCUCCUGCCAGUUGGGAUUUUUAUAACACACGAUGGUCUGACCAUUUAUGUAAACUUUAGUCGUUGUUCAACAACACUACGUUCUAAACUGUGUACAAUUUAGCUGAACCUUUUAUCUGAACAUUUAUUUUUUGUGAACCGUGUCAAUAAAGCCGAAGGCUACACUGGAAGGACAUUUAGUUAAUUAAAUCAAUCCUCUUAUAAAGAAUACCUGAGGCCCGUUGCCUACAUAAAAACCUUACUCUGGGUUGGACCUCGUGUAAAUAGCCGGCAAUGUUGGGUUCCAGUUUGUUUGUAUUGGCUCUGAACUGAAAAUCCCCAUUGGGGGAGAGGCCAAUUAGGUAUACAUACGUUGUGAAUUGAUGAAUGACUCAUUUUAUUUUAUUUUGUAGGCAAAUGGUCCCAGAAUAAAUAUACUUCUCGGAAAAUGGGUGGAAAAUGUAUGUUGUUGUCUUGAAAUGUUUAACUUGUACAGUUUGCAUUGGCUAAUUAAGCAUGAAUGAAAUUCCAGUCAUUUAGGGAAAUUUAUUAUAUGCAAAAUAAAAAAAAAAGCAAAUAGAAUAUCUGUACUACCCUGAAACAAACUUAGACGUAAUCCUUACAAGAGUCCUCCCCAAUUGAUCACUCCUAUUUAAUAAUCCGUUCACCAUCUUAAAUAAGAUGCAUGCCUAAGAUGCAUGCCUAAGGCUGUGCUAACGGCUCGACCUUUUGCAUAUCGAUUCCCCUCUUUCACUCGUUCCAAUGCCUUGCAUAUCCAACGGUAAAAAGAUCUGUUUUGAAUUACAGGCUCAUAUCAGCUGGAAGAAAGAUAAAUGGGCAGGUGACGGGUAAGAUAUACCAGUUACAUCUUCAAAAGUAAAUAACAAUUAUUCACUGAAGUGGAGGCAAAUAUCCACCACUUUCACCGACACUGCGAGAAAUAAUGUUUUUAUUUUUUUUAUUUUAUUUUUUUUUUACGGAAUACACCACACAGGAAGCACCGAAAUUAGUGUACUUCUUUUAAUAAACCAGUGAUUUUGUCUCUUCGGCUGCUCGGAGUUGAAUGAUACCUGUUACUCACUCCCGAACUGUUCAAUCCGCGUGCGCUAACAGCACUAUUCGCUUGUGUGGUAUAUACUAAUCAUAAUUAGUAGUACAUGAGAGCUGAGCCAGUUUACUAGUUAGUCCGCUGGAUUGUUGACUUUUGUUUGUCUUUGGGUUUUUUUUCUCUGUUUUAGUGUUUUGUUUUGUUUGUUUGUUUGUUUUUUAAUGGUUAUACUAGUCACGGGCGCAAGGGAGACCUUUUUUUUAGGUAACGCUGCUUGAAUUUGAUGCUCUAAAGCUCUCAUUUGAAUGGUCACACCCAGUGGUCUGUCCAGCGGAGAUCAUCAUAAUCGUAAAACUAGAAAGCCAAGCUAGCACAUGUCGUUAAGUUAACGAUGGAGUCGUAUUUGUAGGGUUAAAACAUUUCUGGCGCUGUGUCGCAUAUUCUGUUUUCAGGUACAUCGAUCAUUUUUACAGUGGAGGGGACGUUUGCGACUUAACUGGAAAACCAAGGAGUGUCAUAGUUAGAUUAAAGUAGGUGUAAAGCCUUCAAAGAGCCAUUGAACGAUUUUAUGAUGCAUCGUAAGUCUUUUUAAGAUGGGACAAUAGAGACGUUACGGCGUUUUUUUUCGUCCUAAAGGAGCAAAGAGGUUUUCAUAUCGGUAGAGCUUUCGGUUUAAUUUUUUUAGCAGUUAUUGUGAAUGGGUCAGUGGAUCAUGCGCAAAGGACCAAUAGGUAUAGAAACAAACAUGAUCAAAGAGACAGACAGACAGACAGACAGACACGAUUGAAGGACGUAAGGCAGCUUUUCAAGGAGUUCAGUCAGUAACACGGGGCGAAAUAGCAAACGGAGUGAUGGUAGCAGAAGAGCAAGUGAAAAUUCGAGGAAAGUCUGGGUCACGUGGGAUUCAUUACGCGACUCGACCUAAACCUCCCUCGGUUUUUCACUUCUCUGCUUCUCUAGUUAAUAAUUAUCCACCGAAGUGGAGGUGAAUAGUGAAAUAUCCACCACUUUCACCGACACUUAAAUGAAUAAUUGUCUUAGUGUAUACCACACAGAUACCGAAAAAAUAUAUAGCGAAAAGUAGUCGUAAAUUAGACGCUUGACGCUCGAUUUUGUCCCGUAGGCUGUUUGGAAGUGAACAUUACUUGCUAUUCAGUUCCGAAUUAGCCAAUCAAUGCAGGCGAAAAGCAUUUUCACUUGUGUGGUAUAUACUAAUACUGUUUACUUUUGCGCUUCGUUUUACUAACUGAACGCUCGGAACAGAGUAGACGAGCAGACGUAACGACGGACGAGCCGGUGGACGAACAAACGUGUACGGAAAGACUAUUAGUUUGAAGAUCUGACAGGCAGACCGAGAGACAGCACUGGAACAUAUCAACAACAAGGUCUGGUAGUUAAAAGUAGCAUUCGACCGCGCGAUCGAAACUGGCUUGAGUUGGAACCCCCACAAACGUGACAAUUGUGCAACAUCUCACAAUUUGACACAUACUUGUUGCAGAUGCAAGGAGUCGACACAUCUACAAGAAGUUGCCCUUUCGCUAACGGAGCCAAGCACGUGUGAAUAUAUUCUAAGGGUAAGAUCGAUAAACGUAAGGAAAAAAAAUACCUGAUUCAAUUUUUAAGAUGCCAGGUGUCAAUUGUCUGCAACCUCAUUUCAGGUGACCGCUUAAUACGAAUAUUCAGGGGCCGGUUUUUCAAAAGGCGGUUAGCGGUAAUCCAGGAUUCAAAAAAUUGAUUUAACCUGUAUUUCUCGUUAAAUUUGGGGUAUAUAACGGCUCACGUUUUGAAGAGUUUAACAAUAGUGUAUAACAAAACUGAGGAAAAAAGUACAAAUUGUUUUAAACUGUCUUUAAAGCAACAAAACUGAAUCAAAUAUUGUUGGGUGACCGGAUAGCUUAAUCUUGCUUUGAACAACCUGGCCCAGGCCUUUAUAUUCAAGUGUAAAGUGGAAGACGCAAUGGCCUAUUGGUUGGACUCUGGGUUGAGAGGUCUGGGUUCGAGAUCUGGCUGAGUCAUUGUGUUGUGUUCUUAGACAAAACACUUGACUCUCCCUCUGUUUCUCUUCACCCAUGAGUAUAAACGGAUAGUGGCGAAUUGUCGGGGAAGCCGGAUUAAAUGCUGAGGGGUAACCUCGUGAUGGACACUGGCAUGCCAACCAGGGGGGAGAAGUGACGAUCUUUGUUGCUUCAUGCCAUGAAAUCCGGGUUAAGCUCCGGCUGGUUGAGACACUGGGCUUGAGUGCAGGCUUUACCUUACCAUCUCGAGUGAAAAAUUAUGUCUGUCCUUAUUUUACGUCUACUGCAGGUUGAAUCUCCAAUUAUUUGUCCUCUCUUGGAAAAGAUGGAUGAACAUGGAUUAUUUGUAGUGGAAAAUUUGUGAAAAAAAAAAACCCGUCUGCCGAUGAACGUCUUCAUCCGAAAAUACCAGCAAAUUUCUUUUUGUGAAAAUAUAAGUGAGAAAGACAGUGUUUAUCUAUGAAAAUCAGAACACCCUGUUUUCUGGGCUUAAGUAUCAAUUAAUUAAAACUAUUGCAUCAGGGUCAACCAAAGAAGCAUAUGUAAAUGAGGAACCAACUUUGGAUGAACUCCGACGCUCCGCUUUGUUGGCUUCGCUGACCUCAAUUUUAAGAACCAUCACAAAACUGCUAGCCUGAAAGGUUACAUAAUGGUUCUAUAUCGUAAGGUAUUUUCACGAAAUUUGCUGAAACUUACGUUGGGCGGGUUUUCUCGCCAAGUGUCCCAUAAACCGUUGCAUUGCUCGGCUCUUUUGUUAAGAGAACAGAAUCUUGUUCUGCUUGGUUUCUACGUUUCCUGUCUCAAUAGCCUAAGUCCUCUUUUUAUCGCUGUGAAAAAAAUAUCGCAAUUAUGCAAGGGGUUACAAAAUAUUACAAAGACAAGAAAACGCAUCAAAAAGGUAGUGAUAUUAAGAGGAAGGAGUGAUUGUUAAGGACAGAGAGGAUUAAAUCGGUUAACAAAUACUUAGCCUCAUUAGGUUUGGGUAUUUUGUUUUCGUUUUGUAUUAUUAUUAUUAUUAUUAUUAUUAUUAUUAUUAUUAUUUUAUUUAUCUAUUUUGUGUGCGUGUGUGUGUGUGUGUAUGUCUGUCAUGCAAUAACCGUGAACCUCAAUAUCGUAGUUGAAGACACUUUCUCUAAACUGACAUCGCUGGAAAUAGUUUUGAAACGAGCAAAAGAAAAAAAUUAGGAAAAGAAGACGAAGAAGAAACUGAGGGCGCUCGCCUUACAUAAGAACUGGCCGGCCAUUCCGGUUUAUCAGAAAAGAGAAUUCCUCUGUAGAUCAGAGGUGUGCGGCUACAUUUUUAAUUCCUAUAUUCCUAUAACCUCUACAGUGUACUGUUGCGUUUUUAUAGGGGAUCACUCCACUGGGAGACAUUUUUAUUUGCCAUGUGUCGUUUUGGCCCGUGAUUUCUGUAAAAUAGGCGCCCCAUUGUUUAGAAUGCUCUCGUGUUGUUCUUUCAGUACGAUUUGCUACGGUUUGUAAUUAAGAUAUUUUUACAAAUUUGAAAGGAAACAAUUUAUGUAGGGUAAUUAUAUUUUAUGCGAAAGUCUAAUGAAAAAGGUAAAAAUCAGAGAAAAAAAACCAUAGGGCUUUUGUUUGUGUUUUAUUAACGUCGUUUUAAAACAUGAUUCAGCUG